AUGGCGCCCAAUUUGCGCCCAGGCGUCUCGCCUUUCCUCCAUCCCGGCUCGGGGACGAAGGUCAAUUCGCUCGCAAUCAUCCAGCUCUCGCGAGACAACCUCCUCCCAGUCUACCUGCAGGAACCCAAGGGCGAGCACGACGGGUACGCCGAGGGCGCCGUCGUCAACACGCGGUACGGCUCCUUCCCGCACUCGACGCUGCUCGACGUGCCUUGGGGCUCGCAGAUCCGGGCCUCCAAGGUCGACACCGGGUCGCGGGGCCGCAAGCGCAAGAGGCCGGCGGCCGACGACGGCGCCGAGCAGGACGGGUCCCAGGGGAGCGGGACGCCCGGCGGCGCGAAGCAGGCCGUCGUGGCGUCCAGCGGCUUUGUGCAUGUCCUCCCCCCGACGCCGGAGCUCUGGACUGCGAGCCUGCCCCACCGGACACAGGUCGUCUACGCCCCGGACUACAGCUACAUCCUGCACCGGAUCCGGGCACGGCCGGGGACGAGGAUAAUAGAGGCCGGCGCCGGAAGUGGGAGCUUUACACAUGCCUCGGCGCGGGCGGUGUACAACGGAUACCCGAAGAGCGACGAUCACCGGAAGGGGAAGGUCUUCAGUUUCGAGUAUCACGAGCAACGGUACGAGAAGAUGAAGGUGGAGCUGGCAGACCACGGGAUGGAAGGUCUGGUGCACCUGACACACCGCGAUGUCUACAAGGGCGGCUUCCUGGUGGACGGGAAGAGCCCAGAGGCGGAAGCCGUUUUCUUGGAUCUGCCCGCGCCGUGGGAGGCUCUGCACCACCUCUCGAGGCGGAAUCCGUCCGCGCGAGAGGCGGGGUCACCCAAGGAGGAGCAGCAGCAGCAGCAGACCGAGAACCGCCAAUGGGUAUCGCCUCUGAAUCCAAAGAAAAGUGCCUACAUCUGCACCUUCUCCCCCUGCAUCGAGCAGGUCACGCGGACGGUCUCGGCGAUGCGCCGCCUCGGAUGGGUGGAUAUUGAAAUGGUGGAAAUCAUAAACAGGAAGAUCCAGGUCUUCCGAGAGAAGAUCGGACUCAACAUCCCAACGGAGAAAGGGGCCAACAUCGCGCCAGCCAACGUGGCGGAGGCUGUGGCUCGGCUGACGGACCUAGAGGACCGGUCCAGGGAGCAUUUCAGGACGACCCAGGCAUCAAGUGACCAGCCAUCAACGCCGAUGGAUGUCGACGAGGGGGGUAUGGAUGGAAAGCCGGAUCCGGUCCCGGCGAACGACGCCAAGGUCGUUGGAGGAGCGACUAGGCCGUCUACAUCCAAGCCCUUUGCGGAAGGCCGCCUGAUAACCCGGGGCGAGCCAGAGAUCAAGACACACACGUCAUACCUGGUCUUCGCAGUGCUGCCCCGAGAAUGGACCGAGGAGGACGAAGCCGAGGCGCUGAGGAGGUUGCCCUGCGGGGCGGAGCAGAAAGUCAUAGGGGGCCUCGGAAAGGAGGCCCGCAGGCUGGAGAAUCGGGAGCGAAUGGAGGGAAAGCGCAAGGGAGGCAAGAGGAAGGCGGUCGGUGCCGAGGAGGCCUCCGAGGAGCCCGUGGUCGCCACCAAACAUUGA